AUUUUUUUAAACUUUUUUUUUAAGCGUCUGAAUCAUGUUUUAGGAUAACAAAUAGGUGCUGCGUGGUAACAGUCACCUAAGAACCUCUUUGCAUUUUUUCAUGCCGGUUCGGUUUCUACUCUCCUCUCGGUCUUGAAAAUGAAACUGUUACUGCUUAGUUUCACUUUCAGCUUUCCCACUCUUCUUCGGUAGCAAAUGUUACGAGCAAAGAGCCCGUCUGGAACAACAUAUUGGCUCCUAUGAACCGCUUAAUGUCCAUGCCUGAACAUCGACUCACAGUUUUUCUGGGAGCUGCUGUAGCCUUUACAUCCCCCAAUAUGUUUUUCGUUUUGGUUUUUUUUUUCUCUCCAAAUCACCAGCUUCUCCUUUAAGCGAUAACCAGAACACUGUCUACCAGCCUGUGGCUACGGAUACAGUUACUAUAGUAACAUUUAUAAACACUAAUUUCACUACACAUGCAGAACUACUGCCUGCUACUGCAGAGGAGCAGCUUAGAAAGAAAUCACUCUUUAACUGCAAAUAGGACUUACACUCCACUACCAUGUCUGGAAAGUAAUGCAUAGAUACAGAAAAGCUGAUGAGGAACUAGGUCAUAUUUACAGUUCUGACAGUGUGAAGGCACAGGGCUAUGCAUUGAAUCACAAGCAGGAAACAACUGACUGAAACCUCACUAGAAUGACAUGGGAGGAAAAAUCUCAGGACAAAUCAAACCCACCUGAUUUUGAACUUUCCAGAGACCAGGAAGAUCACCUGGAGAAGGUCACAAUUGCACCUGAGAACAAUGAUUGCAAGCGCAUUUCAAUUUUUUGCUCUGCAUGUCAACAAACAGUAUCUCCAGAGCACCUUCUUUAUCAUAAAAAAACCCACAAAGCCCUAACUUUGCUGGGCUUUGAUAGCCCACAAACAAAAACUGACAACAAAACACUUUUGGCUCAGAGACAGCAACUAAUUUCAAAAUUGACCAAGAUUCCUAAAUAUUCUGAGACACAUAGGCAGAAGAUUGAUUAUUCAUUUGAAUUCCUUAUGGAUAACCACACUCCGACAUCAUAUCGUGAUCCUGCUAAUAUUAACAAUCCUAGUACUUUCAAGAAAGUAAAUAAUUCUUUAAUAAAAGCAUUAUCAAUUUGCCAAGAUAAAAAUUCCACAUGGCAGGGAGACAUGGAAGACAGAUUUAUUGUGCUCAACAACUAUGGAAAUAGGUCAGAUACAUGUUUUCUAGGGAUAGCUGAUGGGUCUCACGGUGUAACAGCUGCCGAAACAGUUGCAGCAGAGCUUCCACUUUUAUUUCUUGACCAGCUUGCUCAAACAGAUUCCUCCUACAAAAAGAGUAAGGAUGAACAGCAAAUUCUAGAUUCUUUCACCACAGUAAUCAAGGCAGAUUACAGGGAAAAAGAGAAGAUUUUCUCUGAUAAACCAGGCAAUGGCGAGACCAACAAGACCAAUAUUUACGAAUGGAUUCACAAAGCAUACGCCAAGUCCUUUUGGAGAAUGGAUAGACUUUUACGACUGGGAAGGAAUGAGGUUUCCAAAGUUCGCUGGAGUGGCUGUUCAGUAGUUACCUGUUUGGUGGAAAGAAUCCCCAGCAAAGAGACAGAUGGCAAUGGGGAAGAAGGAAGAAAACAUUCUGAAAACAAUACACAUAGUCCAUUAACCAGACAAGCCAAAGGUGCUGCUGGGUUACUGCACGUUGCCAAUACAGGUAAUGCACAUGCAGUCUUAUGUAAGAAUGGAAAGAGUCACUGCCUCUCAAAAGAGCACAGCACUUCUAAUGUAAGCGAGAGAAAACGCAUAUUUGAGAAUGGUGGAAACAUCAGCACUAAUGAACCAGACGGAUUAGUAGAGGGGUACCUGAGAACUACAAGGGGUCUUGGACAUCACGGCAAUCCAGUACUGAAAAGAUCUGUUAUACCUGUACCUCAUACCAUAUCUGUCCCUAUUGAUGAUAAUUGUCAGUUUCUUAUUUUAGCUUCUAAUGGGCUUUGGGAGGUUUUGGAUUACAAUGAAGUACUUGCAUUAACUCUAACAACAUUCACUCAUUAUUUGAGAAUGUAUGAAUGUGUUCAACAAAACGCACCUUCUCUGUGUAAGUGUCAGUAUUUGAUGCCCCUCACUGAAGACAACUUAAAUGACUCAAAGGCUGUUAAAGAUCUGCAACAUGGAAUAGAGGUACUGUAUUCCAAUAAAGAUAUUCUUCUCACUGACUCAAAAGGUAACCUGCAACAAAAUAAGCCAAAAUGUUCUAGGAGGAAUUAUUUGCCAAGUGAAGAUGGUGUUCUUAAGGAAACCGAUGACCACAAAAACCAAGCUGAUCCAGAACUGUCUCUUUUCAGUAAUAAUGAAGUAAAUUCACAGAACAGAGAGAUAAAACAGCUUGAUUCUACCACACAAAGUGGCUCUGAAAAACUGAAACAGUUUGAGGAAAGAAAAGUUUAUGUAUGUAACAUCUUUCAGCCACAGCCUGCAGAGCAAGAAGAAACAGACACUGACACUUUCUGUGCAACAGGUCCAAGUCGCACCCAUAAACAGCUGCAAGAGAAUGUACUGGCAAUAGGGUUUAAAGACAUGAAACAGCCCCCAAAAGAUAGAAAAGCAUGCCUAUCUAAUUAUGACUCAGGUCCACAACUGGCACAAAAAAUGGACUCCAAGAUAUUUUGUGACAAACCUGCAAGUUACACUGGUCAAGAACUGCUAAAGACUCUAUCACCAGUGGGUUCUAAACCAGCACCACAGUUUGAAGAGGACACAGAAACAUACCUGUCCAAUUGCAAAUCACAAACUGCAGGAAGAGGCAGAGUCACCUCUGAGACACUCUAUGAUAAUGCAGCAAGCUACAUUAGCGAACAACUGGUAAAGACUGCAUUAGCUGCAGGUUCAAGAGAUAAUAUUACUAUUUUGAUUGUACUUCUAAAUGGAUGCGAUGAGAUACCCAAUUACCUCAACAUUUAAAAAUUUAUCAUAGGAUAACUG